UCAAAGAGACCUCUAACUUGAUACAAAGUAUCGAUAUAAAAUUGGUUAUUAAAGAUCAAUGAAAUUUUGUGCCUUCCUCCAAAAUCAUAUCACACGCUUUUCCAUUUUCUCCUUUCCCAUCUCUAGCAACUUCAUUUGUCUCAGAUUCAUUUUCAAGUCUCUUUACUUCUUUCUUUGAGUUGCCCCGUCCAACUGUCUUGGUUAUUUCUCAUCUAUCAUCUUCUGUAUCUAUUUUUCAUGUUUCUAUUUGUCUUGACGAUUCGCUGGUUUCGUGUCGACACUCUUGACUUACAACCAACCAUGUCAAGACCACAUAUUCUCUGAUAGAGAUAUGGAUGACGAGGUGGGCCUUAACUAUGGACCUAGGGGCUAUACUAGAAGAAGGGGUCAAGGAGUAAAAGAAUAGAGGCAAUAAUUAUAGGAGUUUGUUACUAUAAUUAUGGGAGUUGAUUAUAAUAAUUAUAGGAGUUUGUUACGAUAAAAUAGGGAAGAGAAUAAUCAACUAAGUUUGUGUCUAUAAAAUAGGAAAGGAAGGGAGGGAAGUAGGUAUCUAAUUAUUCUAUUAGGGUUAAGGAUCACCAUCUUGGUGAGGGAAGCACUGUGUGCUUAGGGGCUGAUAGAUAUUCUCUAUCAGUUUGUUAUUUUCUUCAUUGAUAUUUCUAUCUAAUUGUUCAUCCGCAAUAAUACAAUUACGGCAUUCUUUCACUAUUCUAUUCAUAAAUUCAUUGUCACUCACAUAUUCAUAUAAGAAUCCAUCAAUUGGUCCGACCUACCGGAUCCAAAAAAAAAAAAAACCUACCAACAUAGGUUGUAGAUGCCAAGGCAACCUAAGAUGGGAGACCGGGUUGAAGCUUUGGAGAAACAGAUGAAGAAUGUAACAACGACUCUGCAGGAGUUGGCUCUGCAGAUGCAACAACAGAGUGUGCUAUUAACUGAAUUAAGCAAACAGACUGGUAAGAGAACACUGGAAGCAGAGCCAUCUGUGGGUGAUUUGUCACAGAGCGAAUCACGUCUUGCUGGGAAGAAGGUGAAACUUCCUUUGUUCGAAGGGGGUGAUCCGGUGGCGUGGAUCACACGAGCUGAAAUUUAUUUCGAUGUUCAGAAUACAUCGGAUGCGAUGCGGGUGAAAUUGGCUCGACUGAGCAUGGAGGGUGCAACAAUCCAUUGGUUCAACUUACUCAUGGAAACAGAGGAUGAUCUGUCCUGGGAGAAAUUGAAGAAAUCGUUGAUCGCGCGUUACGGCGGUCGUCGAUUAGAAAAUCCAUUUGAGGAGUUAUCCACCUUGCGUCAAACUGGCAACAUGGAAGAAUAUGUUGAGGCGUUUGAGUUACUGUCAUCACAAGUGGAGAGAUUGCCGGAGGAGCAAUAUUUAGGUUAUUUCAUGAGUGGAUUGAAACCUCCAAUUAGAAGGCGUGUUCGCACUCUGAAUCCUGUGACACGGAUGCAGAUAAUGCGAAGUGCUAAAGAUGUAGAGAAUGAAUUGAAUGAGGAAGACGAAGACGGAGAAAGAAGUUACAGGAAGAAGCAAGAAGAACUUCCUAAAGAACUGGAGGUUGUUGGUACUGAUGACAUCUAUCCUGACAAGGUGUUGGGUACCAGGCUGACAGUACAGGCAGGUGUGACUGUUCCGCAGAGUCUCAUUCAAUGGAAGAAUAAGUCUUUGGAUGAUGUGACUUGGGAAGAUGAUGCUUAUCUGAGGGGACAAUUUCCUGAACUUAGCCUUGAGGACAAGGCUGGUUUUAAGGAGGGAGGUGUUGAUAGAGAUAUGGAUGACGAGGCGGGCCUUAACUAUGGACCUAGGGGCUAUACUAGAAGAAGGGGUCAAGGAGUAAAAGAAUAGAGACAAUAAUUAUAGGAGUUUGUUACUAUAAUUAUGGGAGUUGAUUAUAAUAAUUAUAGGAGUUUGUUACGAUAAAAUAGGGAAGAGAAUAAUCAACUAAGUUUGUGUCUAUAAAAUAGGAAAGGAAGAGAGGGAAAUAGGUAUCUAAUUAUUCUAUUAGGGUUAAGGAUCACCAUCUUGGUGAGGGAAACACUGUGUGCUUAGGGGCUGAUAGAUAUUCUCUAUCAGUUUGUUAUUUUCUUCAUUGCUAUUUCUAUCUAAUUGUUCAUCCGCAAUAAUACAAUUACGGCAUUCUUUCACUAUUCUAUUCAUAAAUUCAUUGUCACUCACAUAUACGGCAUUCUUUCACUUUCAAAGUCUGCCCAAACAAGCUGAAAGUUGUAUUCAACGGAGGAACCAUUGUUUCUAAAAUGCCAAUACCCACAAUACCGCCACACUAAUUCAAGUUUAAGGCUAUUAAUGAUUUUCUUAGUGGAAAAUUCACCACUGAUCUCUUAUAUGGUGACCUUUGUUUUUUGUUUAUAGUAUCGUAUGUUUUUAACUUCACUUCAACGUUAAUAUUACUUUGUAACUGUUUUUCAUUUUCGUAUUCUUUAGACGUUGCAGGUGUUCUACAAGAUGUUGUCAAAACACAAAUGGGUGGUGGUGGUAAGAAAUCUUAUGUCAAUAUUACUCUACGUGAUGAAGCUGAAAAUGUUAUUGAGGUCGUAUUAUGGGAAGAUUACGCUAAACAAUUCAUGAGCUAUAACAACUCCAACAACUCUCCUGAUCUAACACUACUUAUUUUAACACAUGCAUGGUGUAAGCAAAAUCAAGCUUCUGGAUUGCCUAGCCUAUCAAACGCAUGAAAAGGCUCGAGACUUCAUAUUAACUUAGACCGUCCACAUAUGCACGCUUUUAAAAUCUGAGUACAUGGUAGCAUCAACCCAAUCAUCAAUUACAUUAUUUUCUUCUCUCACUCAAGCAUCGCAAUCAUUUGUACAAUCUAGCAACAAGAGAUGGACUAACCCGAACGAGGUCAAGAGUAUCUAUCAAAUUAAUGACACCGGAAAGGAUUAUUUUGCCACAACCAUCGGCACAACUAAACGAUUUAAGGCCUCCAAGUUUGAUGGUAUUUUAAGUCUUGCCCGGAUUGCAAGACAUCAAACAAGUCUUAUGGAAACAAGUUCGAAUGUGUCUGCGGAGUUAAAGAUGUUGAACCUAUUACAAAAUACAAAAUAGAAAUCGAAGUCGAGUUCGAUAAUCACGUUGGAUGUUUUGUGUUUUGGGAUAAAGAUUAUAUCCCAUACAUUAAUAUGACUGCUAGGGAAUUGAGACAACCCAUGGAGGAGGCUGGAGAGGACAACCCCAAAAUAUAUCCAAUACACCUAGACAAGCUUCUGAACAAAAACUUGGCAUUUAGAAUCAAAUAUCAAUCUUUGUAUGGCCAAUUCUCUAUUGUCACAAUCCUUAAUGAGCAUGGUGUUUACCGAACCUUAUAUGAUUUACUUCAUCCAAAUGAGGUACAAAGCAUUAAACUGAGGAUGAUUUUCUUUUUAUUUUACUCAUAUUUCUAUAUUGUCUUUUGAAGAUUCUGCCAACUUUAAUUUUGCUCAAUUUGUUUACUCUAAUGUGAACAACAUACUUCAAAGGCUGCCUUUUUGGUUGUGGACAAAGAUGUUGGACUGGACAUUGAUCAUGAACCUAUUGUGAGACAACUUUUUGAACCUAUUGCAUAUGGGGAGAUAUUCAUUCAUAAUAACAAUUUAAAGUUGUGAUUUGUAAGCAAGCGAAACACUUGAGCUAUCUUGAUCUGUACUCCCACAAGCAUCUGCCAAAAUUAAUUGUAGUCCUCCGAAUUGCUCUAGCAACACUCCUGCUAAGAGGGUUGUUGUCCCAAUUUCUCUGGAUGAUAUUUUCAAAGAUGAAGUCGUUACUCCAAAGCAAUCUUCAACUAAGGUUAAGCACAUCAAGAAGGAGUGAUAAUAUAAGGUUGGGGUCACUUAUUACAAAUUUUAUAUGUUUUGUUGACAUCAUUGUUGUAAUGCUGAAUGUCAUCCUCUAAGAGCUAUGUGUCAUUUUUUAGUUGACA